AUGUUCUCCAGCCUCGUCGACGGCUGCUUCUCCCCCUGCGUGGACGACUUCUCCAGCAAGGCCCUCUCGGGCCGCGAGACGGGCUGCCUGUCCCGGUGCGUGCAAAAGUCCAUGGCCGCCACCGCCCGCAUGUCCGAGCGCUUCCAGGAGAACAACGCCGCCAUGAGCGCCCAGCAGCAGCAGCCGCGGUAG